AUGGAUUUCAAAUCCUUCCUCCUCGCUGCUGUCAUGGCCAUGUCCGCACAUGCCGAGAACAGGGUCAAUGUCUUCUACUCUAUGGACCACUUCUCUACUAUCGCCGGUCCCAAAGGUGGCAACGUUCACGGCCACAGCAGCGGUGUCACCGUUGCCGAUAUGGAAGGAAAGCCAAUCUGGAACGACAAGGAGCCAGGAGGUGUGCUUGCCUGUAUAAACCCCAACAUGGAGCUUAGGAUCUGGUCGUCCUGCUGGGACGGAGAGUACAUCUUCAACUGUGGUACGGAUCUCUUCGCGAAUAUUCAGGGUUGUGGUGUGGAGACCAGUGGAGGAAGGUCUUUUAAAGGAGAGGUAGACGCAUCGAUUGAUUUCAUUGGGAUUGCUAUCUCCUUGUCGAAUACCUGUUCGCUCAGUAUUCCAACCCGAGAUAACUGCGACGGUGCUACUUUCCAUGUUGUCGCACACAACCCUUAG